CUGAGAUCGGUCGAUUAUAUUACACGAGAAAAGGCUCAUAUAAACGUUGUGUUGUUCCAAGUGUUAGUUUUGGUGAUAAUAAUAAGCAUUACUCUGAAUUUUGCGUUAUAUCGUCAUGUGGAAGCCAAAAGCCCUAGUUUUGUUUUCACUCUACCCUAGUACCCCGCCCACCAGGUGUAGUUGUUCGUCUGCUCAGCCGUGUCCCAGAGCAAGGGAGCGCUGGAAUCCGCAGGCCGCUCGGGCCAGGCCUGGGCGAGGCCGGCCCAGACCUUGACGUCCGACCACGUGGCCUUGCCGCCGUCGGCGGCGAAAAAGCUCAGGCCGGUGCUGUCGUUGCGCGAGGGGUAAAUGCGCGCCGUCAGCGUGAAACGCUCGUUGACCCAGAUCUCGAGGAGGGAGUUGUCAAGGACGAUGUGGAAAUUGAGAGGCUCGGUGACAGUCGUGUUGGCGCUCUUUUUGUGGAUCUGGUAGGGCUCAAAGUGGCCGACAAAGGCGGCGGUGUUGAAGUUGGGGAGGAGGCUGCUGUGCGUGCGGAGGACGCUGAUCUCUGCAGUCUCGGGGUCGAAGCGGAUGGUGGUGUACUCAGCGUUGUCGGGGCUCUGGGCGAGGAUGAUGCCGGCGGGGCCAGAGAAGUCGCUCAGGGUCGCCGUCAGUUCGUAGGAGGUGCCGAGGUUGGCUGAAGCGGUCUUGGCGGAGUCGGUGAUAUGGCCGAUCUUGAUAUCGUGAUGCUUAGCGCCCUUGCGGAGGUGCUUAAUGACGUCGGGGAGAGGGCGAACGCCGAGAGUCUGGACGGUGUGGCCGUCGUGGCUCUUGAUGCAGACGCUUCCGUCCUGCUGCGUGCCGCAAUUCUGGACGUCCUUGGUCUCCUUGAUGUAGAGCUCCAUGGGCAGGUUCAAAGUGCCCUGAUAGCCGAACUGCUUGGAGGUGUUGUAAACGUAGUCGCCCAGGAUGUCGUCGUUGGCCCAUCCCCACAUGACGCGUCUGUCGUUGUUGGAGGUGUCCUUCCAAGUAGCCUGGGCGUACGAGAUGCCCCAGUCAAUAGCGCCGCCAGAGUUGGGGGUGAACUCGACCGAGCCGUUGUCGCGACGAGCGAGGUCUCCGCGGUUCCACAGAGCCCACUGCUCCUUCCAGUGCUGAGUGGUGUUUCCACCCUCGGCACCCAUGGUGACGAACCAAGCCUUCUCGUCCGUGCUGCCGAUCGGCAAAUCGAAAAAGCUGCUGACUUCGAAGUUGUAGCCGUACGAUCCCGUGAUGUCGGGCUUGCCGAGGGAGGAGUUUGCGGUGGGCUCCCAGAGGGCACCGAGGAAGGUCCACUGGGUUAAGUUGGAGGAGGGGGCCGAGUACAGAGGAAUGCGCGGUCCGAUGAAGCCCGGACGUCCAGCGCCAGGGAGCUGCGCGGGGACAUCGCCGGUCUUGAGGCCGGAGCCGAGCACCAUGUAGUAGUGGGGCUCGCUGGCUUUGAGGAGGCUGUCGAGCUCCUUGGAGGGGAAGAAGCUGGGAUCUCUCCAGCCGGUGACGUUCCAGCCCUCGGGAGGACUCGAGAUGACAGUGCCGACUUCAUCCCAGGUGGAACCUCCGUCGCCGGAGGUGAACAUGGCCUGCACCUCAGUGCCAGGGAUGUAUGGCUGCUUCCAGUUCGUGGGCAGGUGGUGAAUGCCGGUACCGAAGGUCAGGAGGGUGCCAUCGCUGACGCCCUCAAGGUUGACGGGCUGUGCUGUGCCGCUGAACUGCGACAGAGGGUCGGCGGCGUACUCACCGGACGCGAGUGACACAGACGAGGCGUUCUGCCAGCCGCGCACAUCCGUCCAGUGGAACAAAUCCUUAGACACGGCGUGGCCCCAGGACACAUUGCCCCAGUUCACAUGGUUGUGAUGGAAUUGGUAGUGCAGGUGGUACGUCUCGGUAGCUGGGUCGUAGAGCGCACCGCAAGGGUCGUUCAUCCAACUGUGCGGCGCGAGGUAGUGCGAGCGAGGCCUCCAGCGGGUGAAGAGGGAGCUGUUGCCCGCCGUCGCGAGGUACUGGGGCGUGAUGGUCGGAAGAUCGGCGGACGCGGGGACCGCAGCGGCUGCGAGAGAAGCAAUCGCCGUGAAGACGGCACCACCCUUGAGAACGGCCAUGCUGUGCGAUGUGCGUUGGAGACAAGCCGCUGGAAGCCCGUACCCCACCUCGCGGGGACGUUCUUCUUAAAUAGCCUACGCGUGAUCGUUAAAAGUGGCAUAUGACCUCCGAUCCUGAUGCGGACGGAGACGUUCCCGAAAUUGGCUCCAUGUGCAAUCCGGAUGCGGACAAUAUUGAUCUCUGGGCCCUGGCAUGCGAGCACACACUUCCUUAUUGACAAGCACCCCCGGUAUGAGGCACAAGUGUGCUGAGUGCAACAUUUGCCUUGGGGAGACUCAUGACAAAGUCUAUCAUUGGCUUCAAGCAGUGGUGGUGCGCUCCUUGGCUGUUCCGUCACAGAUUCCAAGCCAGGAGUCACAAGAGGUAGAGGCCUGUGUUUGAAAGACACGUACAUAUCCACGCCUCAGCUUUUGCGUCCACGUCCAGGAUCGGACGAUCACAUACGAGGUCCGCAUGCCACAUCAGACGUCAGCGUUUGAUGUACACAAUCUCGAUUGGAGCUCGCUGGCAUAAUGAUAUAUGAUGCCGCGUGCGCGGUUGAUGGAGGUUGAUGGAAGUCGCCACUCAUUACUUCAAACCUGCAGACCUCGAACGGCUAGCUUCUGGGUACAAGAUGCCUAUAGUCAACUGGCGCGUGAAGCCAGAUUUGGUCUCAGCGUAAAUAUGUUCAAUGUACUAUGGCAUGUGGAUUCUUGUUUGGCUGCGCUUACUAAACCUCGUUAUUUAUUAAAUUGCUCCUACUCGAUUGGUUCCGCCUUUCACCGCCUCGCUCCGUAUGCCUCCCUCAGAGGCGCAGAAGAUACGCCGAUCCACGAGAAGUUGCGACUUCUGUCGCAAAAGAAAAGUCAGAUGUAGGUGACGGGCCCCAGCGACCAGGAGAUGAUUGCUCGCAUUGCAUCUCGUUUGGAUCGGUCUGUUCGCGACGAUGUCGAAAGUCUCCAGGCAAGGAUCGACGCGUUGGAGGCAAAACUACGAUCCCUUUCCGUCUGUGCUCUGUGCUCUCAGCCGUUGAAUAUCGAGAAGCACGACUCCCCAGGCGAUAAAUCAUCCCCAGAUGACGGCGAUGAGGUGCAGGAACAACCCACGACUGAGGAUGGGAUCACACAGACCGAUCUCAUCAGCCAAUUUCGCCAGUUUUCCCUCAAGCUGCCGCGAUUCCAGUUAUACUUUGGGCCCUCGAGUACUUUCGCGUUUGCGCGUAAUGCUAUGCUUGUGAAGGAAAAGCUACUCGGCAACGCCGCACAGCCAGAGUCUCCAUCCCUGAUGGUGCUGUGGAACUUCCAUUCGUGGGAACACGAAGCAUACUUUCAUCACCAACCGUGCUACGUCUACCCUCCUCCCGAUCUCAUCGACAAUCUAGUCAAAAUAUACUGGACAUACAUACACCCCACGUUCCCAAUGCUCCAUCGCCCGACAUUUGAAGCACACGUCGCCGACGGUCUUUAUCUCUCCGAUGACAAGUUUGGAGCAUUGCUCCUCUCGGUGCUGGCGCUAUCAGCGCAGUACUCGUCCGAUCCGCGUGUCAUGGAUAAUUGUCAUGCGGAGGUAACCGUUGGCUGGAAUUACAUCGCACAAAUCCAAGUCGAUCAGUCGUUCAGUGCGACUCUCUUUGAAGUACAAAGCUACGCGUUAAUUGUGCUGUUCUGCGUGGGGUCGUCCGCAUCUCAUUCAGCCUGGGGUUACCUUGUGCGAGUUUCAUUACUAGCGGUUCGCACAGGAUUAACACUUCCCAAGGGCCUCGGUAUCCGCCUUUUGCAGCAGCGCGGAAAUCAUUUCCAGAAGCGCGACCCUGAUAACUUGAACGCAGAAUUCGAGUCAUGGAACAGGACGUUUUGGUUCUUCGAUGUCGAUCUGCCGCUGGAAGUCGAUGACGAAUACUGGGAUCAGGGCUUUACUCAGCCCGUAGAGAAGCCUUCGUUGCUUUCGUUUCUUGUGCAUUCCGUCCGUCUAUCAGAGAUACUUGGCGACACUCUGCGUCGUUUAUACGCCUCCAAGAAGGCCAAGAUUCUUCUCGGGUGGAAAAGUGCAGAGUGGGAGCAACAGGUGGUGGCCGAACUCGACUCUCAGAUCAACGGUUGGUUGGCCUCCCUCCCUUCGUUCUUACGAUGGGACUCCCAAAACCCGCCUGAAAGCCAUAGCCUCUUCGUUCAAGCUGCGAUUUUGAAUGCGGACUAUCACCAUGCGCAGAUCAUGAUCCACCGACCGUUCAUACAGAAGGACAACGUGCUGGCGGCACCGUCGUUGUCAAUCUGUGUGAAUGCCGCACACUCUAUGCUCAAUAUUGCAGACUUUUGGAUCAAACGGAAGUACAUGAACAUCCCCUCCCUCAAGCUCAAUACCAGUGUUUUCAUCGCUGCGACGGUUCUAGUUCUGCGAAUGUACGGCCAACGGCGGGCCGGACAGUCUAUAGCCAAGGAUCUGGCGUAUCUUGACAUUGCAUCUCGCUUGCUGGAGAUCGGGAAGCAUAGGCAAGGACGGUCCCAGUCGAUCUUACGACUGUAUCAGCUGCUGCUUUCGCUUGUGAACGCGGCUUGGGAAGAUACCGCGCAUAGACCUAGUCCCGGGUUCUACCCCCAGGAAACGGUGGUGAAUAGUGGACCGGCGGAUCAACAGCGACCCGAGGAGGGUCCUCUGACUAGUCCGAUUAUUCCUCUCCACGCCGAAGUGCCGGUGGACAUGAGUCUGGACGACGAGUAUAUGUCCUUGUGGAUGUCUGCGCCUGUCAACUUUGUUUCUUCGUGAGUGCGCUUUGUCUCACGUUCUCCGCACCCUCGUUGAAUCAUGGACGGCUGGGAGAAGCGGCACCGGGCGCUGGGAAGGAUAUGGUGCCCAGGAUUACUAUUGACUGCUGUGACCACUCAACAUAGUAAGUUUGUAACCGCGGUAUACUUAGCGCUCCCGGUGUAGCUGUAGUAACACUCCCCAAUUAUUCACUGAUAUUUAAA